AUGGCAGACCUCCUGACGUUGCAGCAAAUUACCGAGCUAAAGGAGGCAUUUGCUGUGUUUGAUAAGGAUUGCGAUGGGAGUAUUACGGUGGAGGAUCUUGGUGAAGUCUUCACGGCCAUCGGCCAAAAGGUUUCGCGCGAGAAACUACAGUCGAUGAUGGCCGAGGCUGAUUUGGACGCCAAUGGUGUAAUUGACUUUCCUGAAUUUCUCACUCUCGUCGCCACCAAAGUGAAUGAUCCCGAGGAGAAAGAACUGGAAUUGCGACGAGCCUUCAGCAUAUAUGAUCUUGGUAAUGCUGGGUACAUCAAUGUAACAGAUCUGAGGUUUGUUAUGGGACGUUUAGGUUGCCCGCUUUCCGCAGAGCAGGCAUUUGAGAUGAUAAACGAGGCGGAUAUUGAUGGUGAUGGUCGUUUGAGCUUUGAAGAAUUCCGACGAGUUAUGAUCGAAGGGUGGCCGUGA